AUAUGUGAAUCAAACUCUCUUCAUUUCACAGCCAAAGUAGAAAACUUUCUUGUCUUUUGCAACUCUAACAUUGUGGGUUAGAAAUAGUGCUAGCAAAUUGCAAUUCUUUGGCUAGAUAAACAAAAGUGAGAAAUGGCUGGUAUUUCUGGUCACUGGGCUUUUGCUUUUGGUGUCCUUGGUAACAUUGUCUCGUUCAUUGUGUUCCUUUCUCCGAUCCCAACAUUCUAUCGAAUUUACAAGAAGAAAUCAACAGAAGGGUAUCAGUCAAUUCCAUAUGUGAUUGCUCUCUUUAGUUGCAUGCUUUGGAUGUACUAUGCAUUUUUGAAGACCAAUGUCACCCUACUCAUAACAAUCAACUCUUUUGGUUUGUUCAUCGAAACUAUCUACGUUGGUGUCUACCUCUUCUACGCACCAAAGAAAGCCAAGGUAUACACAGUAAAGAUGUUGCUUUUAACAGUGGUUGGUGGAUUUGGUGCAAUUAUUCUGGUUACUCAAUUUCUAUUCAAAGGAGUUGUUCGUGGACAAAUAGUUGGAUGGAUUUGCCUUGUUUUCUCCUUAUGUGUAUUUGUUGCACCCUUAGGCAUUGUGAGAAAAGUGAUCAAAACAAAGAGUGUGGAGUACAUGCCGUUACUCCUAUCAGUAUUUCUCACAUUAAGUGCUGUUAUGUGGUUUUUCUAUGGUCUCCUACUAAAAGACAUUAACAUUGCUGCUCCAAAUGUAUUGGGAUUCAUAUUUGGUAUACUCCAAAUUGUGCUGUAUGCAAUAUACAGCAAAAAAGAGAGAGCCGUCCUAAAAGAACAGAAACUUCCAGAGAUACAAAAGCCAGCAGUAAUUGUGGAGGAUGAGAACACAAAUGCUAAUAAGAAGCUUCCAGAACUCACACAAGAACAAAUUAUUGACAUAGUGAAACUUGGUUUACUUGUUUGCGCAGAUAAAGUACAUGUUGCCACGUGUCCAAAUGAUACUAAUUGUGGAGUUAAAGCCACUAAUAAUGUAGAAAACAUACCCAAACUGCAAACUGUGGAAGCCAACUAAGAUAUAUAUUGCAUAGAGUUAAUUUCAAUUAGUGGAUUAAUUAGGCAUUAAUCGCAGAUUAACUGCCAGUCCUUUCCUUUUGAGUCAAUUUCCUAGUCCUAGCUUUCUCUUGUAAUGUACUCAAAAAGAUAAUAUGGUUGUGAAUUGUGACAGUUAGAUUCUCCUUCAUAUAUAGCAAAAAAAAUACUAGUAAGUUUUUAUCCAA